UACAUCCUCAAAUUGUACUGGACGUUCGCCAUUUCGCCUGCUGAACAAUUCGCCUUUCGAGUAAUCACCCAAAGAGUGCAGUUACCCCCACAAUGGCCGAAUCCACCGAGUCGAAGCCCGUUGCGCGCUCCAACAAGCCCGUCAGCGAAGCUCUCCUCAACGAGAAGUGGGAUCAUGCCGUCUCCUCCUUAAUCGUUCGCUCUUCAGUUGGCCUCGGAUUUGGUGUUGUUCUUUCGGUUCUACUAUUCAAGCGCAGAGCUUGGCCUGCCUGGGUUGGCCUCGGUUUUGGUGCUGGUCGCGCAUAUGAGGAAGCCGACUACGCUUUCCGACGAGGUGAUAGUCCAGUCACGGAUGCCCUGCGCCAGUCUAGGUCGUGAAAGACGCCGUUGAUGCUUCUUUGAAUUAUUCGGUAUUAACCCUUCUACGCGCCUGAUAAAUUAGGACGGAUCUAUGCUAGAGGAUGGAGGGGUUUAUUUUAAUGUUGCCAAUCGAUAGACGUUUCCCUUGCAUGUACAAUAUCUGUACAGGAGACAUGAACCAGGUGAAGACAAACAGGGAUAGCACUUCUUUGGAUCUAGAUCUCAUAUUUUACUACCCGUUACUCAUUAUGAAACCAGCUUGUUUCUUUUGUUCAUCAAUACAUG